AUGCUGAUGGAGCGAGUCUUAUUUCCUCAGGCAGAUCGUUCUAAAGCCGAGGUGCCCGUGCUGAAAAGACGGCGACAGACUGGCUGCAGCACUGACACAGUAUUUGCCGGCCCUUUGACUCCGCCCCCUGUGUAUCAUUCACUCUGGCCCCUCAGUCCAGGUUUAGUCCAGUUUUUAGUUCCCGUUAAGACCUGGUCCAGUCCUGGUUCAGUCCUGGAUUUCCAAAUGGAGCCAGUUUUUCUUGGAGCUGUUACAAUCCUGGGUUUGCUUGAACAAGCGUACUUCUCCAUGCAGGUGAUAUACGCUCGAAGGAAGUACUCUGUGUCCCCCCCUUCCACCUCCGGACCCCCAGAGUUUAACCGGAUAUACAGAGCCCAAGCCAACUGUUCUGAGUACUUCCCCCUGUUCAUCACGGCUCUGUGGUCCAGUGGAUUAUUUUUUAACGAAGGACUGUCGUCUGUGUGUGGGGUACUAUAUCUGUAUGGAAGACUGCAGUACUUCUGGGGAUACGCCUCUUCUCCUCAGGGGAGAUUGGAUCCCAUGUACUUCUGUGCUAAAGUUCUCUGGACUCUGAUUGGCUGCUCGGCUCUGGGCGUUGUUCAGUGUUUCUUCAGAAUCUACCUGGACAUGGACCUGCUUCAUAUCACACUCACCGCUCUGGGAUUUUACUGACGCGAAACAGCCGCACUCCACGGACACGGAAGGGCAUCUGGUUCAAAAAUGCCCUGACUCGCUGGUGUUUUUCUCUGAGCACAUUUUCUCAUUGGUUGUUUUUUUUUUUACCUGUAUUUGUUUGUAAAAGUUUCUUGGUUUGGUUGGAUACUG